AUGGAGGAUACUAACAAGAGUGUUGGAAGUUGUAAUUCGUACGAGCAUUCAAAGGUUCCUAGAUGUGGAUGUUAUCGUCUGAUGAAGAUGUGGUUUGCUAACACCGUAAAAAAUCGUAAUAGGAGAUUCUUAAAAUGUAGGAAUGCUGGGGUGGUCAAUAGUUGUGAUCUGUUUAUUUGGGAUGAUGAAAUUUCUCACUUCAUUAGUGAAAUCUCAAAUUUUAAAAGUUAUUGCAAACACUGUGAUGUGACAAAAUUGAAGUUUGAACUGACAAAAAGGAAACUGGAAAAAUCCAAGUUGAAGAUAGUUGCAUUGAAGAGGAAAAAUUUUCAACUGAAUGUGGAAAUUUUGAUGUCUUGGUUUAUCUUUGCAGUGUUGUACAACUAUUUAUAA